CAGCCGUGCACGUGUUCGAAGUGGGAGCGCCGACCCGGCCCGGAGGUUCCCAGAGAUGGAAGGCGAGAUGGAGACACAGGGUGCUGGGUCCGAGGACGGCUUCACUCAAGUCACUCGCAAGGGUGGCCGGCGGGCGAAGAAACGGCAGGCUGAGCAGCUGUCCGCAUCCGGGGAGGGCGGGGAUGCGGGCCGCAUGGACACCGAGGAGGCCCGGCCGGCCAAGAGGCCCGUCUUCCCGCCCCUGUCCGGGGACGGACUCCUGGGUGGGAAAGAAGAAACGAGGAAGAUUCCAGUCCCAGCCAACAGGUACACCCCGCUGAAGGAAAACUGGAUGAAGAUAUUCACUCCUAUUGUAGAACACUUGGGCCUUCAGAUUCGCUUUAACUUGAAAUCAAGGAAUGUGGAGAUCAGGACUUGUAAAGAAACCAAGGAUGUCAGUGCUCUGACCAAAGCUGCUGAUUUUGUGAAAGCCUUUCUUCUUGGCUUUCAGGUGGAGGAUGCACUGGCUCUCAUCAGAUUGGAUGACCUCUUCCUAGAGUCUUUUGAAAUAACUGAUGUUAAGCCCCUAAAGGGAGACCACCUGUCUAGGGCAAUCGGAAGAAUUGCCGGCAAAGGAGGAAAAACCAAAUUCACCAUAGAGAAUGUGACACGGACACGGAUAGUUUUGGCUGAUGUGAAAGUUCACAUCCUUGGCUCUUUCCAAAACAUCAAGAUGGCGAGAACUGCCAUUUGUAACCUCAUCCUGGGAAAUCCUCCCUCAAAGGUUUACGGCAACAUUCGAGCUGUGGCUAGCAGAGCAGCAGAUCGAUUCUGAUGCCAACUCUGUGCCUUUUCAUCUUGUCUUUGGACUCUCUAAAGAAAAAGACCUGCCAUUCUACAGGCUGCACAGGAAACCAUGUCACGUUGAGCCCGCGUCCCUUCAUUCUCAGCCAGACGCAUAAAUACCAAGGUUUAACCGUGUUUACCCUCAGUAGCUUUCAGGGCAACACAGAUGUCAACAUCUAACGCUGUUAAUAUGUAUAAUCUUUUCAUUUUAAAGGACAUGUAGCAGAUUCAUAUCAUACAUAAAUCUCUUAUUUGGCAGGAA